UACAAAUUUUACAAUCAAAUUGAAUGUAAUUUUUCGCAAAAUUGUAACCCAAAUGUUAAGUACAAACUAGUAGACUUAUUUAUUGUGUUUGAUAAUGCCAGACGUAGAAAUGGACCGUGUCCCAGAGAACGGUUCUGAUGCGGAAUCCACUACUCAAGACAGCGUAGAAGGCAACUCAGUAUCAAAGUCUGGAAAGUUGAUCAACAAGAAGAAAACCAGAAAACGUGGAAUAAUAUUCCUAUCUACUAUCCCUCCCUAUAUGAAUGUUGCUAAAAUAAGAGAAAUAUUUAGUCAAUAUGGUGAAGUUGGACGAAUUUACCUGCAGUCAAGUGCCAAACCUGGAGAAAAGCGCAAACGCGUCCCAAAACAGUUCACCGAAGGCUGGGUAGAAUUCCAGAAGAAGAAAGUAGCAAAAGAGGUAGCACUUAGACUGAACAACACUAAAAUAGGCACGAGGAAAAAGUCCCGCUACUAUGACAUGAUCUGGAACAUCAAAUACAUCCCACGGUUCAAGUGGAUCCACUUGAGCGAGAGGUUGGCAUACGAGAAGGCUGCGAUGAAGCAGAGACUGCGGGCGGAGAUCUCGCAGGCCAAGAAGGAGGCUCAUUACUUGCAGACCAAUGUGGAGAAGAGCAAACGGUUGAAGAAGAAGAAAGCUGUUCAGGAGGAUUAGGUUUAAGGUUUUAAAUAAAUAUAAAAGUGAAUAAUUGGUUUUUAUUUCAGAUUUUGAUCUGUUUUCAUAUCUUGUCACUGUCCAAUACCUGUCCUGUGUUAAUACCUUUAAUAUUGAAACCUCAUGUACCAGUGGAUUUUAAGUUUUCAAAUUCUAAAAUAACAAAAGUAAGAAACAAAAAUAUCAGUUGAUCCAUUUAUUUUGUUGAUUAGGAUAAAUACUACUUCACAUCUAAUGACUGUAUGGAAAGAUCAUUUGCUAUUUGGUUGUUAUUUGCUAGACUAGACAACUAUUAAACCUAAACAACAUAGUAGUCACCACAUAGUUAAAAUAGUGUGUGAUGGUAUACUCUUGGGUUGACUCGUUCGUUUUUC